GAGAAAUGCGUGAAGCAUAGUAAGAAAGGGAAAGCGAAAGAGGGAGAGAGAAGACAAGUGAGUGGACGUGAUCAACAACAGCUGAAACUCUUUCGUUAUCGAAUUUUGUAUAAAAGAGAACGCCGCCAGUUCCAAGUUAUUCAUAACUAUCUGGGGUAACAAUAAUUUCGCUUCAAGGAGUAGAAAAACAGUUAAUUAGCAUUUAACUGUUAUUUAUACGCAUACUCAUAAACAUGAAAUUUAAAGCAUUGAUAACGGUUGGUGAAGCUGUAAUCUUGAAAAAAAAUAAUAUCCAAUGGUUUUCAUCUGGCAGAUACUUCUGCUCAACUAACACUAUAUUCAAAGCUGCUCUUGAAGAUUCGCCAAAUGCAGCAUUAAAUAAGACUCUAUUGGAUAGGUAUUAUUCUUUACCGCAGCCUGAAAAAAAAAUUCAAGCAAAAUAUAUAUGGAUUGAUGGAACCGGAGAAGGCAUUCGAAGUAAAACCAGAACUCUUGAUUUUUUACCGAAAACGGCAACAGAAUUACCUAGAUGGCAGUACGACGGCAGUUCUACAUAUCAAGCAGAGGGUGGCAAUAGCGACAUUUAUUUGUUACCACAAGCUAUCUAUAGAGAUCCCUUCCGUCGCGGUAAUAAUAUUCUCGUAUUAUGUGAUACAUAUCUUUCAGAUAUGAGUCCUACCAAGUCGAAUAAACGAGCCGCGUUGGCCGAGGCGAUAAAGUUAGCUGAAGCUGAGGAACCCUGGUUUGGUAUAGAGCAAGAGUACACGUUUUUAGAUAUGGAUGGUAGACCGUUAGGUUGGCCCAAAAAUGGUUUCCCUGAGCCACAAGGACCUUACUAUUGUGGCGUUGGAGCUAAUCGAGUAAUUGGCCGUGAAAUUGUAGAGGCUCAUUACCGUGCUUGUCUAUAUGCUGGGGUCAAUAUUUCAGGCAGUAAUGCAGAAGUUAUGCCCUCUCAAUGGGAAUUUCAGGUUGGUCCAACUGUAGGUAUAGCUGCCAGUGAUGAAUUAUGGGUCGCCCGAUUUAUUUUGCAUCGUAUUGCCGAAGAAUUUGGUGUGAUUGUUAGCCUUGAUCCAAAACCUAUGGCUGGACACUGGAAUGGUGCUGGCGCACACUGUAAUUUCUCUACCAAAACGAUGCGUGCCGAUAAUGGUAUUGAAGAAAUCGAACGAGCCAUUGAAAAGCUGAGUAAAAGACACUCUCAACAUAUACAAGCCUAUGACCCAAAUGAUGGCGAGGAUAAUAAGCGUAGACUUACUGGAAAAUGCGAAACUAGCAGCAUUCAUGAUUUUAGUUCGGGAGUAGCUAAUCGUAAUGUCAGUAUUCGAAUACCACGAGGUGUUGCAGAAGCCAACAAGGGAUACCUUGAAGAUCGUAGACCUAGUAGUAAUUGUGACCCCUACUCUGUUACAAAUGCUUUGAUUCGUACGUGUGUCCUUAAUAUAAAUUUAUAAUUAUUUGUAGUUUCUAUUUAUAUCAUAUUUUUCUAUUUUAUGAAGUCAGGUAAUAUAAGCUUUGAAAACUUGAUUUAUGUACUUAAUCAUUAUUAGGGUCACUAUACAAAUUUGUUAUAACAUAAUAUUAUCUAUAUAAAUAAUAAUUAAAUGAUUCAUACAAUAUGUAGGAUGAAUAAAGCAUUAAUAUGUAUAUUUAAGCUAAUAAAUAAU